UAGUUGAGGAGGUUUGUCAAAAACUUAUCUUUCCGCCUUGAGUUCCGUUGUUUCUGUCACGUGGAAGAGUUAUCUGUGAGAGUAGCUAUAAGAUAAAACCGAAGUGAACCAUCAGAGGCCGUAUGUUUGGUAAAACUUAAGUGAACUUUUUCUAAGUUUUCGGGACGUUUCACCGUAGGCUCACCUCUGUCAGCUAAGAAUGCUAAAUGAAGUUAGCAUAGUGUGCAAGCUGGAAAUAGAAACAGAACUCGGCCACACAGCGGAGUCGGCGUGACUGUUCGAUAGAGAACAAACUGUAUUUUUCCUGAACCCACAAUGUCCAGAUAAACUUGUCUGAAUGGAGUCUGCACUGUCCUUUCUAACUGAAAAAGUGCGGAUUGUCCGGUGUCGUACGAAGCUAAUGAAGUUGUAUUGCUCUCUGGAAGUAGACGGAGGCGGCGGUAUCCAGUAACACGACGCACAUCAGAGUGAAUAAACCAUCUUUAAAGGAGUGUGUCUGGAGGAAAAGUUGCUGUGAUUCAGUAAACAUGUCUAAAGUUCAAAUGCUGAGAGCUUUUGUCAACCAGCGACUAACUGCGGCUGCUGAAGAGAUCUUUGAGCUGUUUGAAACAACGAUAGCAGAGUACGAGGAGAAACUUGAGUUCAGUUCAAAAGAGAAUCACCGACAACGGAAACUACUGGACGCUGUUUACAACCCUGUCCGGUUACACAGAGCAGAUGUCCAGCAGCUGUUGGUGGUUAAAAAAGAGGUUCAUCCUGAGCAACAGGAGUGGAGCUCCAGUCUGGACCAGGAGGACCCAGAGCUCCCACACAUCAAAGAGGAACAGGAGGAACUCUGGAGCAGUCAGGAGGGAGAGCAGCUUCAAGGGCUGGAGGAGGCUGAUGUCAAGUUCACAUUCACUUCAGUCCCUGUGAAGAGCGAAGAAGAUGAUGAAGAGAAUGCUCAGUCCUCACAGUUUCAUAAGAUACAAACUGAACAGAUGAAAACAGGAGCUAAAGGAGAGGACUGUGGAGGACCAGAACCAGCCAGGAACUCAGAUCCAGAUAGUCCUUUGCAACAACCAGCUACUGAUGACAAGACUUCACACUCAGAACCUGAGACUGAUGACAGUAGACAUUGGGAGGACACUCAGGAACUUCAGUCAGGUUUAAACCCGCCACAAAACAAUAGGGUGAAACCAUUUCGUUGUUCAGUUUGUGGUAAAAGAUUCAUACUAAAGCAUCAUCUCAGAAGACACAUGAAUGUCCACACAGGGGAGAAACCAUUUAGUUGUUCAAUUUGUGGUAAAAGAUUUGCACAAAAGGAACACCUGAAACUACACUUGAUCGUCCACACAGGGGAAAAACCAUUUAGUUGUUCAGUUUGUGAUGCAAGAUUUGCGCGAAAAGGACAUCUGCAUAAACAUUUGACUGUCCACACAGGGGAGAAACCAUUUAGUUGUUCAGUUUGUCGUAAAAGUUUUGCGCUAAAAGGAACUCUGAAAGAACACUUGAUUAUCCACACAGGGGAGAAACCAUUCAGUUGCAGUGUUUGCAAUAAAAGAUUCACUCGACUCAACUAUGUCAAAAGACACAAGUGUGUUGGUGAGAGUAGCAGCAAUAAGUGAAUCUGUGGAGAUGCUUGUUAAGACAUUUUUUCCAGCAUAAUUUAAGCACCGAGGGCAAGACUUGGUUUAACACUGUAGAUUUCAGGAUGAUACAAAGUCUUCUCAGACAAAAUGAAGCUGCACAAGUGUUGUAAUUCUGUUAGGGAUGUCAAUUUUUGUAGAUUUUUCUUUCGAUAGCCUCCCACCUGUUAACCAGUAACUAACUGGAUAAUUAAAACUACACUACAUCAUGUGAGAUGUAAGAUAUAAUAGACCCUUUGAGGGUUGACCUCACUAUGAUGUCAUUUCAUUAGCUGGAGGCAAAACAGGACUCACGACCACAGGGCUGUAGGCUACAAAGGACUCUUAAAAUGUUGUCUUGUGUUAUGUGUCACUAAAAUGAGAGCCCUGUUGGUUGAAGAAAGGGAGCGUUAUAUUUCUACAUGAAUUAACGAACAGUUAAGUUAAUCACACAUUCACCUGGCUUGGCACUGUGCUGCUUCAUUUCCCCAGACAGAGUGCACUCUACCCCCUGGAGAAUGUGGUGCUCUGGAUAAUCAAACGGUACACUCAGACAGCGCUCCGAAUUUAUGAACUGUUCAGUUUGUGCCAGAGUGCACUCCAGCCCUUGGAAUGAGUAUUUCUGAAUGCACCACUUGCAUCAUCUUCCUCCACUGUCGAAAACAAGUCAACAGAACUUGCUAGCUAGCACUAGCUAAUGUCUGUAGAGACAAUUUUUUGAUUCCAGCUAAGCCCCGCCCACCAAAAAACCAUUAUACUGUUUACUAACAGUAAACAGGUCUAUACAUUGAUAACGUUGUUCACAACACGUAAAGGGAGUUUGUGCCUCAAAAUUGAACCACCUACUCACUGGGGCAACCUGGGGGGAGACCAGAGGGUCAACAUGAUGUUUCCACAGCAACACUGUUGGGUCAGGCGGCGUUACUUGUUGUAAUCACCAAAGAAGCAGCAAUGUUAGCUCACUUCCACCAGACCCGGGUGGCACACAGUACAAUGAAUGUAGGGUAGUAAAAUCAAUCUUUUGGCCAACAUGUCUAACCAGUCAAAAAUAUAUUCUUGUUCAACUGUUGACAUUUCUUGAUUCUGUAAUUUAUUCUCAACAUUAUUUUGUUUUCUGGACACUGUGUUUUUGGUAUAACAUGUAUUAUUGAAAAUCCCCUCCCCUUUAACCUUCCUCAAUCUGUCUCUCUGCUCAAUGGAUGGGCGGAGCCUCAGAGCCUUUAUAGGCAGUCAGCUCACCUAUGGCAAACCCCUAAAGAACCAAGAGCUGGCUUGCCACAUGUGCAUGACUUUUCCUUCCUAUUCUUUGAACUGUUUGUGUGAAAUGUAGGUUUUCUUUUGUUUAAAUGCAUUAAAUCAGCUUUAGUAGUUUAUGAUUAAUUUGCUGUAUAGAUACGUUUCAUUAGUAGGAAGUUUUUCUCUUUAUGCCUAAGUUAACACUGUUAAAAUUGUGAUGCUAAACUGCCUUUGUUGGGUUAUCUAUUGAAACUAGGAACUAUGGUGUCUAGAUUUUAUUCCUUUUCUUCUGUUAUCAGAUAAACCAAACUAUCUUCAAAUGAAAAGAUUGGACUGGAACCUCGGCUUUGCUCCUUUGUCCUAACCGACAAACCAUUGAGUUGUAUAUAGGCCUGGAAUCAGACUAUCCUUAGGCAGAAAAUCAGUAUUCAUCCUACUAAAUAUUCUUCAUUCAUGUAUUCAUUGAUUGAAAUAGUUUCAAAACAUCUCAUAGUAUAUUUUGUGCACUUAUACUGCACUAUGGUCAACAUAUGUGAUUUAUAAAUUAACGACUUAGGUUCCAUUGACACAAUUACUGAUAUAAACACAGCUCUCUACUUUUCACUAACAUGUUUUUCAGUGCAUUCAUGAGGUUGAACGUGACACACCAGAAGUAAAAAACAAAAACAGAAAGACAUACUCAUCUACUGCAGAGCCAUGUACACAGCUCUGGUCUACUGGCAAUGAGAAAGAGGUCUAUCACCCAUUUUUAGCAGGUUGGCUGCAUAUAAUUACUAUCUGUUAAAAGAGUAUUUUCACAAAAGGGUUUUCAGUCUUUGAGCAUAAUGUAUAACUGCUGUUCAUAUGGUGAGAUCCAAGAAAUUUCUUUUAUCAAGAUCAAGCUCUGAAGUGAAAGACAGUAAUGUGAAUGUACAAUUGAUGUAUUCCAUGAAGGCAUAUAGCUUAGUCAAUGUACCAUUCCAUACCAUUAAUACAUCAUCUAUC